AUGCCUACAAAAGUUCUGUCUCCUGCUUGUGCUCUUUGUGGUUUUGCUACAGAGGACCUUUACCAUUUCGUGGUGGGCUGCCAUAUCAAGUCAUUUUUCUGGCAGGAUAUAGUCUCUUUGUUGUCACUUCAAGAGCUACUCCCCUCUGCUUCUUCUAUUUGGUUGGCGCUGACUACCUUUUGUAGUGGUUCAGAUUUGUUGGUGAUCGAUGAGGAUGUUCUGAUUGCUCUGGGUGCUGCCUACAGUACACUUUGGAAGUAUCAUUGGCGAUGCGUCAUAGACGAGGAGCCUUGGAUAGCUUCUGCUGCUAUCAACAUGGUCCGUCAAGACCAUGGUACACUCUUUUCUUCUCUUUCUUUGGCAAGUGUUCAAGCUGGCACCUUGGUCUUGCCUGUGAAUUCUGUAUAG